AAAAAUCUAACCUAUGAAUGUUGUAAUAAUGCAAUAUUUUACAAAAAAUAAUUUUUUGCCUGGGUAAUUCACGCAAAUAGUGUUAUUAGCAUUUCAAAAUCUCUACAAACAUUCACAUAAUACAUCACUGUGACUAGUAAUAAGAUUAAUAACGAUUUUGGUUUUUCAAUACGAAAAAUUGAUCUACAAAUACAAAUAACAUUGUCCUGUUAUAAACAUUAGGAUGUGUCUUCAUAGUGCAUGUAUAAAACAAAUUAUAUGAUGAUGGAUAACAAUUCAGUUAAAAAUAUUAAGCCGUCCAAAGCCUAUGAAAAUUCUUUAGAAAAAAAUGAACAAGAAGUACUUGUUCUGCCACCUAAUCUGUUACAAGAGUUAGGUAUUAAUUUAGGAAACAUUCCAAAUACAUCUGAUUAUGCUAUAGUCAAAGGUAAUGUUGAACCCAGUGAAUUGCAAAGUGGAGAAAAAUCUGAAGAGUUAGAUAAUGUGGAUGAAGAAGUAUCUGGACAUAUAUGUGAAAAAUCUGUUAAAUUAAGCGUUCCAAUUUUAUCUUCUAUUAACAUUCCACAGCAGAAGGAAGAACAUAUCAAUGAAAAUAAUGUUGCAUACCCAUCUAACAUUAAACAAAACAAUAUUAACAUCAACAUAAACCGAAAUGGAACAGAAAUAGAUGGAAAUACUGACAUUGAAAUACAAUCCAGUGUUGAAAGCAAUUCAGAUAAAAAAUACCAAAAAAAGCCUAAUGUAUUUAAUAAUAAUACUAGAAAUGUAGAAAUUGGUGAAUGUAAUUCACUUAGCCAAAAUUCUAGUCAUGUAAAUUCUAGUAAUGAUAAGAAAAGUAAAAUUAAUAUUAUAUCACAGGAAGUUUUGAAUCAUGGAAGUGCUGAAACACUUAAGAAGUUCAAAGUUAACCCCACACCCAAAAAUGCUUUAAUUCCAUUAAAAAUUAAUACACCUAUAGGAAAAGUUCUUAAAAGUUCAUCAAGCUUUAUAACAAGUGCUACAAGUGAAAAUUCAAUUUCAUUGGAGCCUGAAUUUAGAAGUAAUAAAAUAUUAGAAACAAAUGAAUCAUCUUGUACCAUGCAUUCAGAAGAGAAUGAUAUGAAUACAAACAAUUUUAACAACUAUUCUGAUGUUGAUGCUGUUGAUGGUUUAACAUCAGAUAAGGACCUUGUUUCCUCUGAUAUAAAAAAUGCAAACCUUAAUGAUAAAGAAGCCACAGAAGAAAUUGAAGUUUAUUGUGUCAUUGAUGAUGAAAUGCAUAAUUUAAGUGAAGAAUCAAAUCUUCCAAAUGAAAAUAAAACUGUUGAUAUGGACAUAAGUGAUGAGACUCCAACUCCUUCUACCAGUUUGGUCUCUCCUAUAUCUGUUAGCAACACAUUAACUGACUCACAUCAAAUUAAAUUAAAGGAGGUUGAUAAAGAUGUUGAAAUUUAUACAGAAAAAAAUAAUAACAUUACAGAAAAUUUUGACGAGUCUAAUAUUUCAGCUAGUGAUAAACAAUCCAUGGAUGAAAGUAGGCAUAACAGUGUGACAGAAAAACCUUUUUAUUUAAAUCAAUGUUUACUAGAAAAAGUAAAUUUAUCACCAGACCAUUUAACAACUAAAUCUAAGUUAUGUAUACAAGGUGUUGAAAAACCUGGUGGAAUAAUUGAACAUAUUAGAUUGCAAACAGAGAAGAUAACUUUAAGAACAUAUAAAAAUGGAAAGACUAAAAGUAGAUUUAAGAAUAAAACACAUGAUGUGAUAUUAGUUAGUGAAAUGAUUGCAAAAACCUAUGACAGUACAGAUGUAUGCACCAAUUUGAAUAGUACCAAUGUUACCUGUGUUACAAAACAAAUGUGCACUUGUAAUGAUUUUGGUAAAUUGCAGUUUGAUGAUGAUGAAAACGAGUGUGGUCAUGUACAUUUUUUGCCCAAAAAUACAGUAAACAUGAAGCCAACAAUAUGUGAAAAUUUCAGUGGAGAUGCUAGCAAUGAAGAUAUAUUAUUUGAAACUAAUGAUAAUUAUGAAAACAAUGAUGGCCAACUCAAUGAUUUGAGUAAUAUUUGUUACACAGAUUUUUCAAUUUCAGAAAGUGAUGUAUCUGAACAAUUCAGUGAAAAUGAAAAAUCAUUAUUAAGUGAAACAUGUGUAAAUAUAUUUGAUGAGAGUAUGAAUAUUUCUAACUUUGAUAGUACAGAUGAUAUCAAAUUUCAUGAUUUCAAUCCCUUUUCAACUCCUGAGGUGAAGGUGGUAAACAUUUUUGCUGGAAACAAAUUAUUAGGACAAAAACGAAAAAGAACAUUUAACCAAGAAGAGGAAGGAAUAUUUCCACAAGGUACUGACGUGAAUUAUCAUAAUGCGCCAAAUGCUAAAAAAUUUAUCUCAUACGUUAAAUGCGCGGUUUGCUGCAAAGAAAUAGCGGAAAUCGAUUGGGAUAGCCAUUUGUCUGAUAUACAUUGUCAUAUAGCUUGGAAACAAGGCUCUAAUAUGAUAGAUCUCGAUGAUAAAAAAUUGAUUCAAAAAUUGUCCACAACCUUAAAAAAACGGAAUAACCUGUGUUGUACUUUUUGUAAUCACAAAGAGAGAGAUUCGAAAAAAUUUUUAGCACAUUUGAAAAUAUGUAUAACGAAAAUAUUUACAAAUGUAAAUAUAAGUGAUAGUAAUUUUUCUGAUGAUAUAAAUAUUGAAAAUAAUGACACUAUUAAGUGCGAGAUAUGUCGCGAAAAUGUUCCCAUCGCCCAUUGGACAGAACAUAUGACCAUAAGGCAUGUUGGCAGUAAGGCACAGAUUGAAAUAUCACCUCAUCCAAUUGAGAAUAUUAUAAAAACAGAACCCGUGGACGAAGAAGAUGUAAAAUUGGAGCUAGUAAAAUGCGCAGUUUGUAAAAUGGAAAUGAAUUCCAUCGAUUGGAGUGAUCAUAAUCAAAAAGAACAUAAUUAUUUUGCUUGGAAGGAAGGAGACCCAAAAUUGAAUCUAGACGAUGGGAGAAAAAUCUAUAAUUAUUUACGACAAAUUUUAAAGAAUAUUGGAUCACUUGUGUGCGGUAAAUGUGGCUUUGUCUAUCAUUAUCCUAAAAGUUAUAUGAAACAUAUUAAAACAUGCAAUGGAGAUACGGUAAAUAAUUCGCAUAACGAUUCAGUGGUUAGCAAUCAAUCAAACGAUGAUGUAAACCGGACACAAAACGAAGGCGCUGACACAUCACUUUCUUUUAACGGUUCUGUGGAAUGUGGGGUUUGUUCCCAGGAAGUUGCCGGCACAGAAUGGUUGGAUCACAUACAUAAAGAACAUAAUUACUUAGCCAAAAUACGAGGAGUUCCACCUCUAGAUUUAGAAAAUGUUGAAAUGGUCCGUAAACAUUUGUAUAGAAUCCGAUUAAUCACUAAAUACCUUUCUUGCGCUAAAUGUGGAACGAAGCGGAAAAUGGUUAAAAAAUUCUUGGAGCAUAUAAAAGAAUGUAAUGGUACUACGAAUACAAUGAAUGAAUCAACUAAUAAUGUUGAAUCAGAGUUGGAUAAUUCAAAAGAUGUAUCUAUUUGGGACAAAAUAACAUUGGAGUACAGUGGUACUGUCAAGUGUGGGGUGUGUCUAGAUGAGGUGGAGGGCAAGCAGUGGCUCCAACACAUACAAAAGGAACAUAACUAUAUAGCUUGGAUAGAGGGAGCACAGUCACUUAGUUUUCAAAUAGAAGAGGAAACUUCUCAGUAUUUAAAUAAUGUGGCAAAACAAACUGGAGUAUUGAUAUGCGGUAAAUGUGGUCUGAAUCGUAAAUACGGCAAAGCCUUCAUGCAGCACGUCAAAGAGUGCGACGGCAGUAAGGCUGCCUUGGUCGAUCAAUUAAAUGAUUCUGAAAUAAUCAAAAAUAAUAUAAAUUCAACAUAUUUGGAUGACUGCACAAAUAGUUCUGGGCAAGUUAAAUGUGGUGUUUGUGGGGUGGAAGUGGAGGGGGAGCUCUGGCUGCAGCACAUACAGAAGGAACACAAUUAUAUAGCGUGGGUGGAGGGGAGGCCGCCUAUUAACAGGGAAGAUAAAGAAUUAAUAAAUACCUAUCUGAAACUACUUAUAAGACGUAUCGGAGUGUUGGUCUGUGGAAAAUGUGGUCUACCUCGGAAGUUAGCAGGAUCGUAUUUAAAACAUGUUAGCAAAUGCGAUGAAAAUAAGGAGGAAGCAGAAUCGAGUAUUCAAGAGGAUGCAGAUGAGCAAGAGAACGAAUUUAUCCACACUAAGCCUGUCCAAUGCGGCGUCUGUCUGCAGCAAGUCGAGGGCAGCCAGUGGAUUAAUCACAUUCGCCUCAAACACGAAUAUUUGGCAAGAAUUGCAGGAAAACCACCCUUAGAUGUAAAUGAUGAAGAGAAAGUUCGGAAACAUUUGAUUGCGAUGAGGAAGCACGUGGAGCAACUUGUUUGCAACAACUGCGGGGAGAGCCGCAGACAUGUCGGAGCCUUCCUCAGGCACGUUCAGUACUGCGAUGACGCUGAGAAAAGUGACAAUGGGUCAGUGGAGAUGGAAAAUGAAGUAACAUUUGCACCGAGUGGCAGAGUUCGUUGCGGCGUCUGCAAGCAGGAGGUCGAGGGAGAGGAAUGGAUCAAUCACAUUCAAAAAGACCAUGACUAUAUGGCAACUAUAGAAGGAACACCGCCAUUGAUCUUAGACGAUGAACAAGAAAUACAAACCCAUCUGAAUAAUAUACGACGAUAUGUUAGAGAACUUGUUUGUAAUAAAUGCGGCGAAACCCGUAAAGGUGUCAAAUCAUAUUUGAAACACAUAAAGAAUUGCGAUGGUAAUGAGAGACUCUCUACAGAGACGGUAGAGGAAAGCCGACGUGAUUCAGUAGCAAGCGUACCUACGGAGGAAGAAAAAGAGUUCCAACUGGAGUUCCCUGGUACCGUGGUAUGUGGUGUUUGUGAGAAGGAGGUGUACGGCAACCAGUGGGUACAUCACAUACGUAUGGAACAUAAUUACAUAGCACAUGUUAAAGGAAAAACUCCUCUAGAUACAAAAAAUAUGAAACAAAUCAGAGCACAUUUAACCGCUGUCAGCAAAUACGCGGGUGGGCUGUACUGUAAUAAAUGUGGACUCAUGCGCUUAUACGUUAAGUCGUAUUUGGUGCAUGUUAAACGAUGUGGAAAUUCUCACAACCCAUUACCUGUAGAUACAAAUGAUCCAGAAAUAAAGAAAGAACCGGAUGAAUCAUUCAACUCUGAUGAUACUACUAAAGUGACUGACAAAUUCCUCAAUAACACUAACGCUAGCCAGUUUGUAUACGAGGGUAUUGCUAAAUGUGGAGUUUGUCACAUUGAUGUCAAAAGACAAGACUGGAUCGAACAUAUACAGAAAGAACACAAUUAUUUAGCCUGGAUAGACGGACAGACGCCUCUAGAUUUGAAGGAUGAAGAACAAGUUCACGCUCACCUGUAUGAAUUGACGACAUUACAAAAUGGUCUUACAUGCAAAACUUGUGAUACAAAACGUAAAUAUGUCAAAUCCUUUUUGGAUCAUAUACGAAAUUGUAAUGUAGCGAUGAGUGAUAUUAGAGAAGGUACUUUAGUGGAAUGUGCAGUUUGCUCAGAAAAGUUACCAGUUGAAGGAUGGAAGAAUCACGCUAUGAAGAAACAUUAUAACAUUGCCUGGACUGUUGGAUCAGAUCCUAUCGAUUUAAAAAACCCGUAUGCCGUAGAAAAAUACCUAAAAGAGUAUAAGAAAAGUCAAAAAUAUUUAAUUUGCAAAAUUUGUAAAUUAACACGCGUGUCGUGUGCAGGAUUUUAUGCACAUAUACUUACAUGCGGCAAAACUGAUGAGGAAAUAGAAGAUUUUAAAUCAGUCUGUGAGAUUUGCAACAGUAAAUAUUUGUGCAUAUAUAAGAAUCAGCAUUUAGCAUUUCAUAGAGAGCAGGAAUAUGUCAAGGAAAAGAAAUCCCGGGCUUUGGAAUUGGCGCAGACCAAGGCAGAAGAAGGAAACACAUCAGGUCGCCGGAGAGCUGCCGAGAAAGCAAAAACAGUAAUUGAAGAUUAUAAAAGCAGUUUGAGCAAAUUGAAACACAAAUGUCCGUCGUGCAGCUUCGGCACUGACGUGGAGGAGGAGCUGGAGGGACACAGAUGCGAGGCGAGCAGCGACAAACUGAGCGACUCCGACGCCUCCGCCUCCGACCACUCGGAGGACACCGACAGUGACGUCGACUCCAACGUCUCUAGGGAAGAGGAGGAGCAAGCCGUAGACAAGAAGAAACGAGUUGAAACUCCUGCAAAAGUAUCACAUCAUAUACCAUUUAAAGUAAAUAGUGCAAGUAAUUACGUCUCCCAAGCGGCCUUGGAUUUUUACAAUAUGCAAUAUACAUUAGAUGAAUUAUUUCCUGAUUGGAAACCAAGAGAAUACCAAGAAGUGGGUGCCAAAGAUUUACCAAAAUAUAUGCCAACUGUAGAAGAAUCUUGUAAAGUAAAAAUUGGCAAUGGAGAAUGGUCUACAUACAAACGUUUCGAAGCCAAGAAUGACAUAGUUUUGGGUAUAUUCGUGGGCGGGAGCAUACGAUGCGUGUCGUGGGCGGCGGCGCGGUGCGGCGGGGAGGUGGCGGAGAGCAGCUACCUCGCGGUGGCGGGGCACGGCGCGCCCGACGCCCCGCGCUUGCCCGCCUCGCACCUGCUCCAACAUCCGGCGCUCCUCCAGCUCUGGGACUUCGGAUACUUCGACAGUGUGCCCAAGUUUGUGCUGGGACUCGCACUUGAUUACGGCACUGUGUGGGCGAUGGACUGGUGCCCGUCGGGCGCGCGUGAUUGUCAGCCGUGCAGCACGGAGCACGCGCCCGAGGCGAGGUUGGGAUUACUAGCCCUGGCCUGUUCCAAUGGUUCCGCCUACAUCCUGCCAGUGCCAUAUCCCAAUCAGAAUGCUAAGAAACCACAGAUUAUUAAAAUAAAACCAUCAGUUGAACUUAGGUUAUGUAGCAGUGAAAACAGGAGAAAAUACCAAGCGACUGCUAUUAGUUGGUCUAAGCAAAAAGGUCAUACAGUUAUUUUGGUUGGUUAUGCGGAUGGCUCGACGGCAUUUUACGAUUUAAACUGUGAUUCUCCACUUUUGAAAUCGGUAGAGAACAACAUCACUGUAAUAUACCCAUUCCAGGACGAUCGACCGCAUAACACUUGUAUUUCGGAUGUGGAUCUGUUCGCGAGCGGGGACACGGGGGGCGGGGGUGGCGCGUGGGGUGCGUGGGGCGGAGCGUCGUGUACGGGCGUGCACGCAGCGCUGCGGGCGGGUGCGCCGCGCCUGCACGCGCCGCUCGCCACCUCCACCGCGCUCUUCACGCCACAUUGGCCCUCGCUCCUCGUCACCGCUGACGAAGCUAUUGCAAAUUACAUGACAAACGAGCUGGAGUGGCACGGCAGCGGGCGGCGGCUGGGCGGGCAGCGCGCGCUGGCGACGUGCGAGCGGUGCGGCGCCGCGGCCGCGCUCACGCCGCCCGCGCUGCGCCUCAUGCGCACGCACCCCGCCUACAGGGACCCGCGCAGAGAUGUGGUGGGAACAUUACGCAUGGCACCGUUGGGUAAGAAAAGAAGUAAACAUACAAACGACGAAUUAUCAAUGAAGGUGGAACCGCUCACCUAUGAGGACGCCGUCAAAGAGUACGGGAUAGAGCUAAAACUCAAAAUUCAUAUGAACAAGGCGGACCAGCAGGUGGUGGUGAGCGAGGCGAAGGCGCAGUUCCCGGAGCGGUUCCCGCUCGCCGAGGUGCCCGCCCUCGCCUUCUGCACCGCGCCCUCCGCACACAGGCAACUCGCCCUCCCCACGCACUCCGGAUUACUCUUCAUCGUUACUAUGUGACACAACAAUAUUCAACUAUAAAUAUCUGCUCACGAAAAUGUGUAUAAUCUUAAAAUACCAAAUUAAGUUGUUCCGUUCACUUCGCAUAAAUAAAGGCCACAAACACAUCAAUUACUCAUCAUCAGAUGGACUCAUGAGAAGACUGACUUAGAAACGAUCUUCCUCUAACGUGACAGAGGCUGAUUCUCCUUUAAAAUUCAUAAGAAUAAAAUACAAAUGUCACGUGUACAAAUAUUAUUAUGGUAAAAAAAUCAUCGUGCAAGGUUUCCGUUACAUUACCUGCAAAUAAUUGUCAUAUAAUAAAGUAGUCUAAACAAAUAGUAAUUAAUAAACAUAAUUAACAAGAGAAAAUUGUUAUACAAUGAAAUACAUACGAUAAGUUUGUACACAAGAAACAUUGCACUGCAGCGGUUUCCUACACGAGUUUGAACGUUAGCUAAUCGCAACAAGUAUCCGCCAUUGCUCCGGCUUCAUUUGUACUUAAUUAAUCUACCCGCGUAACACGCUCCUUGUAUUCCACAGAAUAACAAUUUACAUCUUAUGUAUUAAAUUCUCGUGUUCUUAGUUAAAAUACUCCUUUGAAACGGCUUCACCGAUUUUUAUGAAAUUUUAUACGCAUAUUCAGUAUGAGAAUCGGCUACUAUAUAUUUUUAAUAC